AUGACUGCAGGGCGUGAAAAAAGAAGACUCAAUGUACUAGAAUACCACAACAUCCAAUCAGCCAUUCGACCACAUGAGCACGAUUUGCCUGAACCACUCCUACCAGAAAAGUACACUCAACAGUCAGAUGUAGACGAAGAUUGUGAAAGGGAGAAACCAUCUCAUUCUUCACUUUCACAUGAUCAACUUUCCUGCAUUCUCAGCUGGACACCUUCCCCGACAACUGCGGUGCUGGAAGUGACGAACCUAGAGAGCGAUUCCAUCAGAACAUUUUUCAAAUGGAACGAAGGUGGUGCUCCUGGGGCUGGUGGCCUUGUCGGCGGCGCAGCACCUCCGCCCGGCGACCGCGGUGCGCCAGCAGCAGCCUGUCUUCCAGCUUCGCGUCGACGAGCCCUCCACACAAGCCACGCGCCCAUCCGCGUGUGUGAUCCCCCCCCCAUCCCACGGCCCGCCACGCCAGGCCGACCGCAACUGCACCCGUGCCCGCCCCGCCUCGCCCCGCAUAGCUUCUUCCCUGCGGCCCCCGCCCCCGCCACCACGCGCGCGCCCGUCGCCAAGGCCAUCCCGGCGCCGCCGCCGCUGCUCGUGGCCGACGAGCCCCGUCCGCUGACCGUCGACCGCCGCCCGGCCGCCAAGGCCUUGCCCGUCGCCACCCGCUUCGAAAGCGACUCCGACAAGCACCUGCGCGAAAAGGACCAGCAGGAGCUCUUCCGCAAGCAGGCCGAAUCCGCGCACUACGCCUUCGACUCCAGCGUUGACGACGGCAUCAUGGGCCACUCGCACGUGCGACAGGAAGUGCGCGACGGGCUCAAGCUGAGCGGCGCCUACUCCUACAGCGACGGAUUCUACCGGCGCACCGUGCACUACGAGGCGGACGAGAACGGAUACAGAGUCAUCAAGCAGGAAAGCGAGCCCAUUGGAGAUGGUCCAGAACUGGAUUUGCAUGGAACUGCAAAAGUAAGCUCUAAUGUUGCUGGUGUAACAAACCAAUACGUUAUAACAGCUGAUGAUAUUUCUGAACUCCAUGAAAAACACUGAUCUCUCUUAAAUUUUUGCCUUGUGCACUUUACGGUUUUCCUAAUAAUUCUCUGAUUAAUAGAUAUCUCCAUUAUAUUUGAUUCAAAAUAAUUUUUUUUCAUUUCAUACUAUUUAUGUAAUGAGAUUUAAUCCCACACAGUAAUUGAGCAAUGAAGACAUAAUACCCCUUCAAGAUUAGUACCUGAUGUGCUAAACAGGAUUAAAUUAAAUUACAGUUUGAAUAUCUCUGUAAUCACACAAAUAUUUUUUUUAAAGUUAAAGAUGUAAAAAUAUUGUUAAAUGAGAACCUACUUACAUGCCAAAUGUUGUUAUAAUUAAAUUGACACAAUUAUUUUUGGAUAUAUUUUUAUAGGUACAUACAAUUUAUUUUCUACUUUUGUAAAUAUUGUUGUAUUAUCUGCUUCAACAGAUUAUUUGUUAUUCAUACUACAAAUACAUAAUAGUAAUAAAACAAAUGAUUUGAAAAAG